GCUCUGCGUGCGCGCGGGGCAUUGCGGGAGUUGUAGGCGGUGCCGGGAGUGCCGGGCGGUGUGCUCGGGGGCGCGCGGGGCAUUGUGGGAGAUGUAGGCGGCGCGGCGCUUGCCCGGCUGGAGGCGCUGUAAAUCCUGGAUCCUCCGUUCCCGUGGCUGGGUGCCGAGGAACUGCCUGAUGGUUCCCAGGCCGUGCUGAGGCUGCUCUACCAGGACAGAGAUGGGGAAAAGGUACUUCUGUGACUACUGUGACAGGUCCUUCCAGGACAACCUGCACAACAGGAAGAAACACCUCAAUGGAGUGCAGCAUCUCCGGGCUAAGAGGGUCUGGUACGACUUAUUCCGAGAUGCCGCCGCUAUCCUGCAGGAGGAGCAAACCAAGAAACCCUGUCGGAAGUUCCUGCAGACAGGACAGUGUGAUUUUGGGUCCAACUGCAGAUUUUCCCACAUGACAGAGCAGGACCUGGAGAAGCUGAGUGUUCAAGUUCAAGGGGAGAAGAGGCUGAAGGAGCUGCGGCAGGAGGGAGCAGAUAUCCCACCUGGCACCAUCGAGGACUGGCUGGAGAAGAGAGCCCAGAGACUGAGUGCGGCUCAGAGCAACAGCCUGUGCCUGUCGUGUUCCUGCUCUCCCACAGCCUCCCCUGGGCUCAGCUGCUCCGAGGUUGUCUCCCUGCCUCUGGAAUGUGGAUCCGUGCUCAGCAGAGCUCCGGCCCUGCUCAGGGGCUGUCUGCUGUCACCUGGAGCAGACAUUCCCUGUUUCCCAGGGCAGGAUCCAUCCCCUUGGAGCACUGCUGUCUGCACUGCCCACUCUCAGUCCAGCUCCACGCUGGGCUCCGUGAUCCAGGCUGGAGAAGGGAGCUGCAACCAGGCUUUUGGAAUUGAUGUGUAAUUUCCUCAGGUGUUUAUGCUGGUUCCUGAUAAAUUCCGGGUGUGAGGCUGUCUGUGUCCAGGAGCUCCUGGUGAAGAGCCUGGGGAGCCCCCUCAGCCCUGCUCCUGCUCCUGCUGCGCUGGGGGCGAGGGGCAAGGAGGGAAAACAUCCCCAGGUUUCUCCACAGGGAGAGUUUCACCAACUUAUCUCUCCUCACCAGGAAAGGGGUGGAUGAGGGAGGCCCUUGGCUUUCUCAGCAAGGGAAGUGGGUGCUCCAGCUUCCCUGGGGGGGAUCCUGUCCAGCAGCAUCCCGAGAUGCAGCUCUCCAGCAGCAGGGCUGUCCAGGAGGGCUGUGCCCGCUGCCAGUGCAUUCCAGGUUUGGCCGGGCACGGAGCUGGUGGGUCCAGAUUCAUGAAGAGCAGGGGCAGCAGCCAACUGCCUGUGGCCAAAUCCCGCCUGGAUCACGCUGACACAGGGCAGGGCAGAGCUCCCGCCUCGGGAUGCGAUGGCAAAUUGUCACGGGAGCGUCAGCCCCUGGGGCCCAGCUCUGACAGGAGCAGGGACUGGAUGUGACAGAAGCCUGGAAACAGCCUUGGCCGGAGCCUGGAGGAGCUCUGAGCCAAACUAGAGGUGUUUUUAUCCUUCCAGCAGGAGCCCUGGGCUUGCUGGAGAGCAGGAGCACAGGGCCUGGGAUCAGCCCCGUGUCCCUUCCUCACUUCCCUGUGCAGGAGGUAACAAACAUCCACUUGGGAGUGAAUUUGGGGGUGAAUCAGGGUCCCUUGGAGCACCUCCAACACAGAGGAACCCCGGGAGCUGCGGGAUGCCGGCGUGCUCCAGAGUGGGAGCAUGAGCUGUGCCUGCUCUCUCCAAGCUUGGAAGUGCAUCCCUGCCCCCCCAGCCUGGCUCGAGGGAGAACCCCAAGGAGCUGGGGAGUGCUGGGGGGUUCAGCCUGUCCCCCUCAAGCCCUGCUGACUGGAGGGGGACAGUGGCUUCUCUGCUGGUGGCAGCAGGAGCUGGGACAUGGACAUGGACACCCAGCGAGGCCACCGGCACUGACGGAUCAAGGAACUCCCACUCUUGUCUCUCUCACAGACUUUUUUGUUUCCCAGUCAAGCAUCAAAAUCCUCCCCUGCUCCUCACCUGGGUUUGGAGCUGUGCUUCCAUCAGUCCCCCAGGCCCAUCCCUGCUCUGUGUGCUCUAGUCCUGGUGGGUUUUCCAGCUGAUCCAGGAGGUGUUGCUUUACCCAACACUCCCAAACUCCACAGCUCCAAAACUGCUCCCCAGAUCCAGCUUAAAUUUGGUAGAGAGACACAUCUCUGGUGGAGAGGCCGGAGCUCCCAGCAGCUCCCUGGGUGAGCUGUGGAGCCCGACUGUAAAUGAAAGUUCCAUUGUAAAACACAACAGCCACAGCCUCUCCACACUCUGCCUGAGCUGCUCCUGGAGCAGAAAUUCCCAAUAAAACUGGAAAGGCAAGAGCAGGAGCGUUCCCUGCUGAGCUCCAGCCUGUCCUGGGGAGUGAGAGGGGCCGAUCAGGGGGGUUAAUUAAAACAGGGGUUUUCCCACAAAAGCUUGUGUGCUCUGUGGCCCGUGGGCUGCAUUCCCUGCAGGAUGUCGUGGAUCCACGGAGCUGAACGUUCCCUGCAGGAUGUCAGGGAUUCCCAGAGCUGUGUAACCCCCGGGGGCUCGGAGGGGGCCGUACAUUGCAGGUUUCUGGGGGUGUUACAGCAGUGUCAGGAGAUGUAAUGAUGCCAUGGAUCAGCACCAGGAUGGGACACGGCCCCUGUGGCUCAUCCAUGGAAAAAGGCCAUGGGAGGAGGACAGGGACAGGACGGGGCUCCCGGCUCCUUCCCCCGGGGAUGGCUGGUGCUGGAUCCCAAGGGAUGCUGCAGGGAUGGACUCACGUCCCCGGGGUGGGGGUGAGGAGCUGCUGCCUGAUCGUGGAGCACGAGCCAAAGUGCCUUUGCUGGAGCAAGAGCUGGAGUAAUUUAUCGGGAAGCUUUUAGGGAAAUGAGGCCCUGCUGGGCCCCGGCCAAGCACAGCCCUGCUGGGCUCUGCCCGUGUCCUCUGGCAGCUCUUCCCGGGAGAGGGACGGGAAUGGGAGUGGGAAUGGGGAUGGGAUGGGGACAGAGGUGAGGGCAGGACAGGGGCAGGGAUGGAAAUAGGGAUGAGGAUGGGGACAGAAUGGAAAUAAGGAUGGGAAUGGGACUAGGGAUGAGAAUAGGAAUGGGGAUAGAGGGGGGGUCAGGGACAGGGAUCAGGGGAAGGGAGAGGGGACAGGGAUGGAAAUAAGCAUGGGAAUGGGGAUGGAGAGCAAUCAGGGAUGAGGAUGGGACAAGGAUAGGGAUGAGAUGGGUGUGGAGAUGGAGAUGGGGGCAGGGAUGAGGAUGGGACAGGGAUGGGGGUAGGAAUAGUGAUGGGGAUGGGGACAGGGUGAGGAUGGGAUGGGUCUCGGGAUAGGGAGAUGGGAAAGGGACAGAGAGGAGAAUGGAAAUAAGGAUGGGAGUGGGACUGGGGAUGGAGAUGGGGACAGGGAUGAGAACAGGACAGGAACAGGGAUGGGGGGGUGGGACCAAGACAGGGACAGAGCUGAGCCCUUCUCACGCUCCUUGCAGCACCAGAGAGAGAAACAACCACUACCAACUUCUUCCCUUCCUAUCCCAAACGCUUCCCAGUGCUAUGGAACGGCACCCUGCCACUCCUCCUGCUUUGCUGCCACUUUUGCUCCUUCAAUCCCCUUGUCCGGGGACUCUACACAGGUCCUGCUCCCUCCCACCUCCCUUCCCCCGCGGCAGCUCCACCUCCCGGCACAUUCCCUUUUUUUUUCCCCCUUUCCUGGCGCUCCCUGAAUUGAAUUAUCCCGGAGCAGCCGCAUGAUCCGUCCCCGCUGCGGCAGAGCGGGAGCGCGGCCGGGACCCUCCUGCAUCCCGCCUGCUCCGGAGCCGGAUCUGCCGUCCCCAAACCUGCCUGAAGAAAUCCGUUCUCCCAAUUCCCGUUAAAAUUAAUUGGGCCGCUUUGAAACGCUGAGCUGGAGGGGGGGGAAUCGCCUCAUUCCUUUUAUCUAAUUUGUUUCUUUUAUGUCAUUGUAUUUUCUGGCAAAUUAAAUUGUCCUCGUUUCC